UCUUUUCCUCCAGAGAUGUCUUUGGGAUGGAUACUUGACGAGAUCUUUCUCUUUUUUAUGAAAUGCUGCUUGUUACCUACAGAUGUAUUUACAGUGAGAGCUGAACAUCUGACCCUUCAUCAACCGACGCUUCCCUUCAUCCACUCAACUUCCCCUUCCCUCACUCUGUCAUCCUUGAGGAUCUCCACAUCUCGGACAGAACGCAAGUCACCUCCUGCCUCCCACAGACCUGGCGGCACCCCGCACAGCCGGUGCCAACUCCAACUAAGCUUCUGGCGGGGCUGUUUGUGGUGGCGCCCCUAUUUCGCACCGCACGGCUCGUCCCUCGCUCCCCUCCCGCGGGCUGUCAGCGCCGCUGCCUCCCCGGCCGGGGCCGUUCCCCCGGGAGGCGGGGCCGGGCCGGGCCGUGCCGGUUCCGGCGGCGGCCAUGCUGCGGCUGUGGCGGGCGGUGCCCGCGGCGCUGCGCGGGGCGCGGGGCCGGGCGGGCGCAGCCGGGGCGCCGCGGGGCGCGGAGGUGCUGCUGAGCGCGGCCGGCGGCGAACGCUGCUGCAGAAUGAAUCGUUAGAUACUUUUUCCCGCCUAAAGUUAUGUGUGCAUGCGACCUCAACGCAAGAAGUUCUGCUGUUCAGUGCCCUGGAACAGCUCCGCUUUGAUGAGCAGGUGCGUGUGGUGGUGUUCAAGAGCCAGGUGAAAGGAGUGUUCUGUGCAGGAGCAGACUUAAAGGAACGUGCAAAGAUGGAUGAUGCAGAAGUUGGAGAGUUUGUUAGAAGACUGAGAAAUCUUAUGGAUGAAAUAGCUGCCCUGCCUGUGCCCACGAUCGCUGCAAUCGAUGGCUACGCCUUGGGUGGUGGAUUAGAGCUGGCCCUGGCCUGUGACCUCCGAGUGGCAGCUUCAUCAGCUAAAAUGGGCCUUAUUGAGACCACACGAGGACUUCUGCCUGGAGCAGGUGGAACCCAGCGCCUGCCCAGAUGUGUUGGAAUAGGUCUUGCAAAGGAACUCAUUUUCACUGGCAGACAGGUUGAUGGAGAACAGGCAGCCUCCAUGGGGUUGGUAAAUCACUCAGUGCCACAGAACAGCGAGGGAGAUGCAGCUUACCAGAGAGCUUUAACUUUGGCUAAAGAAAUCCUGCCCCAGGCACCAUUUGCUGUGAAAAUGGGAAAACUGGCAAUAAACAAAGGAAUGGAGGUUGACAUUGCAUCAGGAAUGGCUAUUGAGGGGAUGUGUUAUGCCCAGAAUAUUCCCACCAAAGACCGUCAGGAAGGGAUGGCUGCCUUCAGGGAGAAGCGACCACCUCGGUUCACCGGCAAAUAAUGCUUUCUGCUUCCCCUCGAGUUUUUGGAGAUCCACUGAUUUCUUAUAUACAGGAUUAUUUUUAUUACACCAUUCUGUGCACUUAACUCCUUGCCUUGGACUGCAUUUCUAACUAUUCCACUGGAUCAUUUUUCUGCACAAAUCUCCAAAUAAAGAUUUAACUUUGUACUCCUGA